AUGACUGGGUGUAAACCUGUUGACACAUCAGUAGAGUACAAUGCAAAGCUCAGUGAUAAGAAUGAUAGAGUUCCUGUUAAUAAAGAAAGGUAUCAGCGGUUAGUCGGAAAAUUGAUCUACUUGUCUCAUACAAGGCCAAAUAUUUCUUGUGAAGUAGGUGUUGUCAGUCAGUUUAUGCAAGCUCCUUGUGAGGAUCAUACGACAACAACUAAAUGUAUCCUCCCGUACUUGAAAGGAACUCUUGGCAAGGGUCUAAUGUUUAAAAAGACUGAUAAACGAUUUGUUGAAGCCUACACUGAUUCUGACUGGGCAAGUUUUGUUAUUGACAAAAAAUCGACAUCUGGGUACUAUACGUUUGUCUAA